AUGGCCGCCAACCAUCUCCCUCGCGACCAAGUCAUUGCCGACUUCAAGGCUGACAUGAUCUCUUCGAAGGGUGUCGAUAGUGCUGUCGACUUCCUCAUGCCAUAUUCUGCUUCCAUGCCAUCUGCUUCCACUGCUUCCACGCAAAAGCCCUACAUGCCGUGCAAAGCAGCCCUCGACGACCUCAAGCCUAUGCUCAUCUCCCAGAUGAAGUCGCAGAGACACCAUCGGGGCCGUAUGGUCACUGUCCGUGUGUGCACUGCGCCUGCAAGUAGACUCUCUGCCAUUGUCGCCGUUGUCGAGGACAUAAACGGCACUGCUGUGCCUCUGUUAUUGUACAGCCCGCCUGCCAGCUCUGCAGCCCGUGCCGACACGAUCCUGCCCGAAGGCGCCGUCUGCAUCAUCAAAGAGCCGUAUCUCAAGCCCAAGAAGAAGAAAGACACGUAUUCCAUCAGAGUGGACCAUGUCACCGACAUUGUGUUUCUCGAUGAGACGGACAGCCGGGUCCCCGAUGCUUGGAAGUAG